UGUUUCCAUCCGUUUGUCAGUCAUCGUCGCCAGUCAGCUGUAAUUUUCGGAAAUGACAUAAAGAAAGUGUUUGGGUGUACUUUUUGUAGUGUUGCGAGUUGAUUUGUGCGGGGACAAUGUUAUGUGAUUGUUUUUUCCCGUGGUUUUUGCUCUUGGUUUUACCCCCGAUCCACAGCGCAGACAAACUCAACGAAUAUAUCAGCCACUACCAGCCGCUUAACUAUGACACCGGUGACGUCCAUUCCGCCCACGUGCGCGCCAAACGAUCGGUGGUCGAAGACAAUCACGUGCACGUGUCAUUCAGGGCGCACGGUCGUGAUUUUCGAUUGCGGUUGAAGCGCGACCUCCAUGUGUUCAGCGAUUCGUUGGAGGUUCACGGACCGAACGGACCGAUAGAUGUCGACACCUCCCACGUCUAUAAAGGACAUCUUGUCGGUGAACGGGACAGUACGGUAUUCGGCUCGAUCAUCGACGGGGUGUUCGAAGGGAAAAUCGUGUCCCCCCGCGGAUCGUAUUACGUCGAGAAGGCCCAUCACUAUUUUCCCCUCGACCGUUACCCCAACAGGACCUUCCAUUCGUUGAUUUACCACGAGGAUCACGUGCGCGAUCCCUACGAAGGUCAAAGGCAAGGUCAUUCUGCCGGAUGCGGGAUCAACGACGAGAUAAUCGAGUGGAUGGACAAAAUCCAAAAUUCGGCGGACGCCGAGCCGCCCAGCGUCGCCCGGCGUGGAGAAACGGGCGGCGGCGCCGGGCCGCUUCUCAAGCCGAAAAAACGUAAAAAAACUGCCGCUUCCGCCGCCACUGCCCCGAACGCACCGCCAAAACGCUAUACGAACUACGAGGAGAGCUUCAGCAAGUACUCCAAGGAGGCCAACGAAGGCCGCGAGCGUCAUAGACGUGCGACGAGGAGGGACGAAAACAGGAAUACGUGCUCCCUCUACAUCCAGACUGACCCGUUGAUUUGGCGUCACAUACGGGAGGGGUUCCCCGAGCAUACGGACCCGAGAAAAAGGUCCGAGGUCAACGAGAAGACGCGGGAGGAGAUCCUGUCGCUUAUUGCUCAUCACGUCACUGCCGUUAACUACAUUUACCGCGACACUAAGUUCGACGGUUUAAGCGAGCAUCGAAAUAUCAAAUUCGAAGUGCAACGGAUAAAGAUCGACGACGACUCAUCGUGCCGAUGUUCGGACCAUCGCUGCGGCGAAAUGAACCAGUUUUGUUUGGAAAACAUCGACGUCAGCAAUUUCUUAAACAUCCACUCGUUGGGCAACCACGAAGAUUUUUGUUUGGCCUACGUGUUCACGUAUCGGGACUUCACUGGCGGCACACUGGGCCUCGCGUGGGUCGCGAGCCCUUCCGGCGCAUCCGGCGGCAUAUGCGAAAAAUAUAAGACUUACACAGAGACGAUAGGGGGCAUGUACCAGUCGACGAAGAGGUCACUGAACACCGGUAUCAUCACGUUCGUCAACUACAACAGUCGGGUGCCUCCCAAAGUGUCUCAGCUGACUUUGGCCCACGAGAUCGGCCAUAAUUUUGGGUCGCCGCACGACUAUCCGCCGGAGUGCCGGCCCGGCGGUCUGAACGGCAACUUCAUCAUGUUCGCGUCAGCCACUAGCGGAGAUAGGCCGAACAACAGCCGUUUCUCGAGCUGCUCGGUCGGUAACAUCAGCAAAGUGCUGGACGCGAUCGAGGACAACAAGAAACGGAACUGUUUCACCGCUUCUGCAGGCGCGUUCUGCGGCAACAAAAUCGUUGAAGCGGGCGAAGAGUGCGACUGCGGCUAUGAUGACCACGAGUGCAAAGAGAAGUGCUGCUACCCGAGGCUUAUCAGCGCCGAGGACAGGGCCCGGAACCCGGCGGCGGUCGGUUGUCGAAGGAAACAGGGCACCGAAUGCAGUCCGAGUCAAGGUCCGUGUUGCAGCAGCGAGACGUGCAAGUUUAUACCGGUCCGGUACGGGGAGGUGUGCAAGAUCGAGUCCGAAUGUUCGAUGUCGUCCAAGUGCAACGGCAGGUCGGCCGAGUGCCCGCAGCCACAACCCAGACCGGACAAAACCAGAUGCAACAACGGCACUCAGCUGUGCAUCAAGGGGGAGUGUACCGGCUCGAUAUGCCUGGAGUGGAACCUCCAGCCGUGCUCCAUCACCAGCCAGGAGCACCCGAACCUCGACAAGCGGAGACUGUGCGAGCUGGCGUGCCAGAACGGCACCGACAUAUGCCGAAGUACCAGCGAGUUUGCGGACAAAGUGGGACUGCCCAAGGGUGGCAUUAGCUUACGACCCGGGUCCCCUUGUGACAAUUUCCAGGGCUACUGCGACGUGUUCCUCAAGUGCCGCGCUGUGGACGCCGACGGCCCUCUCGUGAGGCUGAUGAAUCUCUUACUCAACCGACAGACCCUGCACACGGUCGCCCAAUGGAUCACCGAAUAUUGGUGGGCGGUCAUGCUCAUGGGCAUCGGGUUUGUUAUUUUCAUGGGGCUGUUCAUCAAGUGCUGCGCGGUGCACACGCCCUCGUCGAACCCGAAGAAACCGCCCGCGAGGCGUAUCAGCGAAACGCUGCGCAGACCGAUGAACACGCUGCGCAGGAUGAGGUACCACCAGCAACACGGGGCGCCGCACCAGCCAGCUGCGGCGAACGUUCCGGGCGGCAGAGGUAGGACGGACCGGUCAGGCAGACCGUCCGCUAGUCAGGGUGGUCCCAGGGCGGGCUACGGUGAGGGGCGGGGUCACUAUCAUGCGUCGAAGGGCAAAGAAUAUUCUCCACUAGCCACCGCGCCUCCGCCAUCGGCCAACUAUGCGAACAACGGCCGGCAACCGGGUGGCCAGCAGCCGUACGCUGGGGCGUACGAGAUGAGAAACAAAGUCUGACAGGAGGCGGGCGCGACGCCUCCGCCGGUCGAACCGCCGCCCGCGCUCGCGGUGAGAAUCUCGCCACCUCCCGAUUACCCGGGCACCCCGAUGAUCGCCAACGGGGCCGAAACGGUGGCGGAUUGCUGCGCGAUAUCGGUCGACGUGUCGUUCAAGUCGGGGGCGGCAAGUGCAAUGUUGGUCGAUAAACCGACUAGUGCCGAUUAAGGCGAACAACCAAAGCGCAGUUCUGGGUUCUGGUAGGCGUGUGUGACGUCUACGCCUAAAAAGCACCGUUGUGUCGACUGCCCUGUGGUGUUAUAGAGAUAAGAAAUGGUUUCUUAUAAUUUUUUCUGAUAGCUCCAGCAAAUGCUCUCUUCCGGCCUUUCGAUUUGUUGCCGGUUAUCGUUCAACUUCACACGACCUUGAUUACGGUCUAGACUUCCAUGGUCUAGUGAGACCUCGGAUAGUUCAGUUGCAGAUGUUAGCUUUGGAAUUUCCGCAAGGUCCUGUCAAAAAUCCAAACCGUGCGUCGUUUUUGGUUAAGGUCAUUUGAACUACUUUGUCGUUUCUCAAAGAAUUUCGCAGGUUUUUUUUUACCUGUUUGUUUGGUGAUACUUCUUGGACGCUGCGGAUUAUGACUGCCAUAGUUUUGUAUUUCAACGAAAGAAUUUCGAAGGAAUGGUGAUGCAGCAUCCCGCACUCUCAAGCCUAGCGUAUUCUCUAGAAAUAAAGAUUAUUCAGAUUAUUUCUUAAACUCUACGAGCUACGUCAACAACUCGCAUAAUCUUAUUCCUGCGCGAGCAAGGUACUACGGGCAAGUUGCAUCACAGGAGUGCAUUCGAGUUGGUUGGUUCAUUUUAAAUCAUCCGGAUCUCAAGUUUCGUCUCGUCCAUGAUGUUUGGUUAAGGUCAUUUGAACUACUUUGCCGUUUUGCAAAGCAUUUUGCAGGGUUUACUACCUGUUUGUUUGGUGAUACGACAGUCUCGCUCUCCCAAGCCCAGCGUAUUUUCUAAGAAUAAAAAUUAUGCUUCAGAGCUACUUUUUGAACUCUACGGAUUAUAAACUUAUCGAUUUUCAAAGAUUUUCGAAAUUAAUUCAAUAAAUUAAAUUGGUGAUGCAGCAUCCCGCACUAUCAAGCCUAGCGUAUUUUCUAGAAAUAAAGAUUAUUAUCUUCAUGUUACUUCUUAAACUCUACAAGCUACGUGAACUGCCAUAAUCUUAUUCCUACGCAGGAAAAGUCUACGGGAAGUUGCAUCACAGGGGUGCGUUCGAGUCGGACAUAGAUCGGUUUAUUUUCAAUCAUGUGGUAUCAAGUUUCAUCUCGUUUAGGUCAUUUGAACUACUUUGUCGAUUAUCACAUAAUUUCUUGUCUAUUGAAAAAACGUGAUAAUUUUGUGAUGCAGCUAUCCCUCACGCCCUAUAAAGUGUUAUUUUUCAGAGUUACUUUUCAAAACAAGUAUGACAUUUUUGAUUUCUGCCCCAUUUUUUCCUUUUUGGAAGAACUGACGACACAUCGGUGUUCUCUAUAAUGUAUUUGGGUAGGCGAACAUGCCUACCAGAACGGUGAAGAUGUAAUUAAUAUAUAUAUAUAUAAAAAAAUGUUGGCCAACGUGCUCUGUGAUUGGCAUAACGCGGGAACUUUCUACGCCAAAGUGCGCGUGUGCAGUAUAGAACUGAAUUUUACAAAAAAUCGUGGUUAUAAACGGGUGAAAUUGUUAGGCAACUUCUUGUGUGAGGGUUUUCGCGCCAUGUCCACUCAUUCACUACUUAUUUACGAACAAAUUUCAUUUGAUAUUAUUUUUAAAAGUUUUAAGGUUAUGUGACGUAAAAUUCGUCAUGCGGGAAGCGUGCCUGCCUCUCUACAGUCGCACCUACGGUUAUUAUUUUUUACGUAAUCGAUAUGAACAAUUUUUUAUGAAGUUUGCGAUGUUGAAAUAUUAGUUAGCUUCCCUUUUGAUGACGAAAGGCUGAUUUUCCAGUUCGAAUUUUUUAUCGGAACUUUUUGUCAUUUUUAUCGUUAGUCGGGGGGAGCCACCACCAGCCCCCUAUUUUUUCCAUUUGUAUCGUUAAAACGUGAAUUGUACGCAAGUAUGUUUUAGUUAUUUUUCGCCAGACCAAAAAUAUCAAACCGUAUUCGAUGAUAUAUGAUAGUAUAUUCGGCAUCGGACUACGCAGUUCAAAAAUUAGAAAGUAUAAAAUUAAUUAUUUAUUCUACAAAUAAUCCUCAUGUAUAACUGUGCAGAUCUCAUCAAUAACGGUUUCCGGUGUGUGAAAAAAUGCUAUUUUUAUAUUGGGGUAAGUGUUUAAAAUAUUUGUCGCCUCUCUCUGUAGGGUCGUUGAAUCGUUUUCGUUUGGGAAAUGUGAUAAAAAAAAAUUGGACGGAUGAUGAUUACGUGAAUUUUGGAUUUAACAAAUAUUUGUCCUCGAUAGAAGUUUAGUAUGUCAAAUGAAUAAUAUAUUUGAUGCUACUGUCUGUAAUUC